AUGCCGGGCCGAGAGCGCACAAUGUUGGAGACGGCGCCCUGCUCUGCCUUCAACUGGGCAUACGUCCUCGGCUUGAUCUGCACCAUGGCCAUCAUCCUGAAUUUCACUCUCCUGGCUGCCAGCAUUGCGAUGCUGCUCCAGUAUUUCAACAGCACCAAGCACAAGCCUGAGUACCGGCAAUACGCUUUCUACCUCCACGCGGUCGCGACGGGCAUCAUCUUCCUCACCUUCUUGGCCUGGAGUUUCUUAGCGCUGCCAGCGCUGGACCACAUCGGGGCAUCCUCAGGCUACGCGAGUAGCGGACUGGGCGUAAGCUACGGCUACUGCCUGAUGGUGGUGGGCAUCUUGUUCCAGUCGGUCUCCGCCGCCCUGUUCUCCUUCAUGCCUUUGGGCGAUGAGAUGACGGAGGAUGAGCGCAUGUUCCACAAGUUCGCCAAGGAGCAGGCGCACAACGCGCACAUGGCCGCCGCGCAGCCGGGGCAGCCGGGGCCGCCAGGGCCGCCAGGGCAGCCGGUGGGCUACUAUGGUGCUGCACCACCAGUACCCAAUGCCGCCCAGCCGGGAUACGGCUAUGGCUAUGGCUACGGGCCCCAGCAAGGUCAGACCCCUGCUUGGUGA